GCAAAGAGUACCGUCAACAAAGGUCUGUAUGCCUUCGGACCACAUGUGAAAGACUGCGUGGCUACCAUCACCAAGUCACCUUAUUUUAGCGUACAGAUCGAAAGGAUGGAUGACAUCAAACAGCAAUCAAAGGGUGUCAGAGCCAGAGGCCUUCGUGGCGUACUCUACCUCCCGAAGAGUACUGCUACUAGUCAACUGUAUCUCAACGUUAACACCAGCCACCCACUCAAGAUGGCAAAGACCCACAAAACCAGCUGGCCCGGUCCCCCACGAGCCCCGUCCCCACCCUUCCCCUCUUCCAAGCGGAUCCCCACCUCUCCUCGAAAGGUCUUUUUGCUCCUGGUAACAGCGGGGUUCUUCUCUUGGGCCAUGUUGUACCUUCUCCCUAUCCAUUUGCCUCGACUAUCAUCUCCGUAUUCAUCCUCCUCUCAAGCAGGAAGUAGACUCCUCUCACCGACCAAGGUCGGUUCGCUGGACUUGAAGCAUAGAGUCGUGAUGGCGCCCAUGACCCGCAACAGAGCUUCUGAAGACGGGAUCCCUUCCGAUUAUACUGCGACGUACUACGAACAGAGGGCUACAGAUGGCGGACUGCAGAUCACCGAAGGCACCAUCAUAGCCCCCGAAGCCGGCGGUCUCGCAAACGUCCCUGGGAUAUGGAACGCCCAACAAGUAGAAGCUUGGAAGAAGGUCACGGGGAAGGUGCAUGAAAAGGGCGGGAGCAUUGUCUGUCAGCUGUGGGCUUUGGGGCGAGUAGCGGACCCAGCCCUCGUCCCCAAAGUAUACGCCCCCAGCGACAUCCCCUCCUCCAACGGCUCUCGAGACCUCACAGUCAUGUCCGAAACCGACAUUGAUCGCUUCGUAGAACAUUACCGCAAGGCGGCUGUCAACGCUGUCGAAGCAGGGUUCGAUGGUGUUGAAGUGCAUAUGGGUAAUGGUUAUUUGCUUGAUCAAUUCAUCCAAAACACAUCCAACCACCGCACCGACCCCUACACCCCCCACACCUACCUCCUCCCCCUCCGCACCCUGCUCACCAUCGCCUCCACCCUCCCCUCCACCAACCUCGGCUUCCGCAUCUCGCCCUGGUCCACUUUUCAAGAUAUGCUUGAGCCUGAUCCUGUGCGCACGUUUGGGGGGUUGGUGGGGAGGGUUUUGGGGGAUGUACCGGGGUUGGCUUGGGUUCAUGUUAUACGGCCAGAGGAAGGGGGUGAGGACGGUGUGGAGUCCAUACGGGAGAUAGUCCGGGAGAAGGGGAAGGGGACGGCAUUCAUCGUGGCCGGGGGCUAUGACCCCGAGAGCGCCAAGCAACAUGCCGAAAACACGGACGACCUGGUCGCUUUUGGGCGAUACUUUAUCUCGAAUCCUGAUCUUGUUAGGAGGAUCGAAAAUGAUUAUCCGUUAGCAGAGUAUGAUCCUAAUACGUUCUACUCGCAAGGACUUGAGGGGUAUAUCGAUUAUCCUGAUUAUGGAGGCCGGGUUUGAUUUGAUUGCCUCUCGUUGUAACAAUCUGUAGGAAUAAACAUCAACCAACUGUACA